ACAAAAUGGAGAACAAUUCAAUUCUGGAAGAAGUUCUUUUAAAGAAGUCGCAACAGAAGAAAAAAAUGUCACCAAAUAAUUACAAAGAAAGGCUGUUUGUUCUGACAAAAACACAUCUCUCUUACCAUGAAUAUGACAAACAGAAAAAAGGAAGCAAAAAGGGAUCAAUUGAUAUUAAGAAAAUACGAUGUGUUGAAACUGUGAAUCUUGAUGAACCAACUCCUUUGGAGAGACAAUAUCCAUUUCAGAUAGUGUACAAGGAUGGCCUUCUUUACGCCUACACAGCUAAUGAAGAGAGCCGAAGUCGAUGGCUGGAAGCCUUGCAAGAAGAAAUUAGAGGGAAUGCUGAUUUACUGAACAAGUAUCACAAAGGCUUCUUCACCAAUGGGAAGUUUCUCUGUUGCAGCCAGACUUGUAAAGGAGCUCCUGGAUGCACCAUUUGGGAGAAAUAUACAACUCUACAUAGCACACCCAGUCCUGUGAAACCACUGCCUCCUGACCCUAGACCACUGAUGAAGCAUAGUAGUUUGCCUCAGGUUCUAACACCAGCAAUGUCUUUCUUGAAGAUUGCUGUGGCUCAGUAUAACUACGAACCCCAGGGAAACUGUGAUAUCCCACUUGUCAGGAACAGCCAGUAUUAUGUUCUGAAAGAAGAAGAUCCAGAACGGUGGAAAGUGAGGGACAUAGAAGGGAAGGAAGGCAUUGUACCAAGUACUUUUUUGAAAGCCAUAUCCAUCAAUGAUGAUGAACUUAGGGAAAACUUCAGCAUUGGUAAACAUUCAUCAGAAGAAGAAGACAGUAUUGAUAAUCAUGACUGGUAUGCAGGUAAUAUCUCCCGGGCCCAGUCAGAGCAACUACUGCGACAAAAGGGAAAAGAAGGUGCUUUUAUGGUUCGAAAAUCUAGCCAAGCAGGAAAGUACACAGUAUCUGUAUUCAGCAUGGCCCUUGAAGAUAAAAAGGGAACAGUCAAACAUUAUCAUGUGCACACAAAUUCUGAAAAUGAAUAUUAUCUGGCUGAAAAUUACUGCUUCAAUUCAGUUCCAAAGCUUAUUCACUAUCAUCAGCAUAACUCAGCAGGUAUUGUUACAAGGCUUCGACAUGCAGUGUCUACCAAAGGGAAUACAAUUCCAUCCACAGCACCCUUAGGUGAUGGGAUCUGGGAGCUGAAACGUGAGGAAAUCAUCCUGCUGAAAGAACUGGGGAGUGGACAGUUUGGAAUGGUACAGCUAGGAAAGUGGAAGGGGAAGUAUGAUGUUGCCGUUAAGAUGAUUAAAGAGGGAUCGAUGUCAGAAGAUGAAUUCAUAGAGGAAGCUCAGAACAUGAUGAAACUUAACCAUCCCAAACUGGUUAAGCUGUAUGGUGUAUGCACAAAGACAUAUCCUAUCUACAUAGUGACUGAAUAUAUGGCAAAUGGCUGUUUGCUUAGUUACUUGAAGAGUCAUGGAAAGAAACUACAACCCCUUCAGCUACUGGAAAUAUGUUACAAUGUGUGUGAAGCUAUGACAUUCUUAGAAAGCCAUCAGUUCAUACAUCGAGACUUGGCUGCAAGGAACUGUUUGGUUAACAAUGAUCUUACUGUGAAGGUAUCUGACUUUGGAAUGGCUAGGUAUGUUUUGGAUGACCUAUAUGUAAGUUCACAAGGAACUAAGUUUCCAGUAAAAUGGUCAGCACCAGAAGUUUUCCAUUAUACCAAGUUUAGCAGCAAGUCAGAUGUAUGGGCCUUUGGAAUCUUAAUGUGGGAAGUAUUCACUUUGGGAAAGCAACCCUAUGAGCUGUAUGAUAAUAUGCAAGUGAUUCAGAAGGUUUGUGAGGGAUACCGACUUUAUCGACCCCAGCUCGCCUCAGAAAACAUCUAUCAGAUAAUGUACAGCUGCUGGCAUGAGCUACCAGAAAAGCGCCCCACAUUUCUUCAGCUUCAGUCAUUCCUUGAGCUUCUCAGAGAAGAUGACAAGCUUUGAAGAGGAAAAAGAAAAAAUUCUGAGCAAAUGACUAUGCAUAUUAGUAGACAUAUCAACUGCCUUCUUUGUGGGAGCUAAUAGUCAUGAGUGGACUGUGAAACCUGUCUGAGUCUAGCCCACAAUAUUGCUCUGUAUUAACCUUUAAUUUUAUCACAGGUUUUGACUAAAGAAAACUUUGCUGUAGACCAGUGGUUUUCAACCUGUAGUCUGAAGACCUCUGGGGGUCCACAGACUAUGCCUAAAGAGUCCACAAAAGUUUACUAUGAUCAAUCAAACGUAUGUAAAUACUGACACACACUUACAAAUCAAAAGGGUCAGCACCUCCCUUUGAAAUUUCCAAAGGGGUCUGUAAAUAAAAAAAGGUUGAAAACCAGUGCUCUAGAAAGCUCUUGUGAUUUUCAAAAUUGGUGAUGGGAAGCAGAGAGUAGAAGAAUAUUGUUGAUGCUUUUAGUAUGAGUCUCACUGAACUUCAAAGUAUCAAAAAAUGCAGUACAGUAUACAUUAUAUUAAGAAUUUUCCAGAUUGUAACUAUUUUUUUCUUUAUUUGAAAAAUGUUAAGUUGUUAAAUAUAUAUAUAUAUUUCAUAGGUUUUCUCAUAUCAGAACACAUCACUGUAUGUUUUAUGUUUAUAUAGACCCAUUACAAGUCAAAUUCCUAACUGGUACAAGUGCCUGCAACUAGUGGCUCUAGGGUUAGUUUCAAUAGCAUUGAUGCUGUUGGAGGUGAAACAGUGACUCUGUUUCCUCAAAAGUGCCACUGAGGCCAGUGUGUAUUAGAAUUAGCCCAAGAAGCAUAUGUUUGAUUUUCAUUUCAUCCUGUGAGGCAUUUGCAGUACAAGUAGGGAGGAAAUGUUCUCACUACAGUGUUCUAACUCCCUUUCUAUCCUUGACAAUGGGCGCAUCUACACAAGAUGCUUUAAUGUGCAGUAGACUAAUUUACUAAGCAGUAAGCAUCACCAUCUACAUAUGCAGAUGCUUACUGAACGAUACAUUGGUCUACUCCAUGG